AUGCUUCUUCGAGCUAAUCAACACAAACAAAUGGCAUGGAAGAAUGGAGGUGGAGUUACCAGCGAAAUUGCUCGUGCACCAAACAAUGAACAAGAAGAUUUUGAUUGGCGAUUAAGUAUUGCUCAAGUGAAAUCUCCGGGUGGUGCAUUUUCUGUAUUUCCUGGUAUUGAUCGAACUCUAUGUGUCGUCAGUCCAAAUGAACUAUAUCUGACACUCGAAGGUAGCAGUGAUAAUAUAAUUCAUCUCAAUCAAAAUUCGUUGCCUUAUUCAUUUGCUGGUGAAUCAUUAAUUACUUGUCAGAUUCAAAGUGAAACAUUGACCGAUUUCAAUGUGAUGACUCGACGAACUAAAUUUCGGCAUGAUGUUGAACAUAUCAAAAUGGAAUUAAAACAAGAAAAAAAGAUCAAUACAUUGGCUUGCAACGAAGCAAUCAUAUUUAUUAUUGUUGGUCAAGGACAAGUAGUGACAAAUGAUGGCAUUCAAAUGGUAAUUGGUGAUGCUCUUCAAAUCGAUCAGCAACAUUCGUCUGAUAUAAAGAUUUCUGCUCAGGCUGAAAACACUCAGUUGUAUAUUGUUCGACUUAAUCCUAUUCUUUCAUAA